AUGAUGGAGGAGGGUCGGGUCGGACGAUCCGGUCUGCGAGGCCGAGGAGGCUGGAGCGAAGAGAGCUUGGAGAAGGAGGACCUGUAUCAGCGGCCUCGGAAGAAGAAGUCAAGGAAGAAACUCUGGAUACUGCUGGGCUGCAGCAUCGUCGUUCUCGUCAUCGUCGUCGUCGUGGCCGUGGUGGUGAGCAAGAAGAAGGCAGGCGACUCGUCGGCCGACUCGAGCCUCGAGGGCAAAGACCGCGCAAACAUACCGGCCAAGUGGCAGAACACGUACCUCGACCCCUGGGCGUGGCAGACGACAAAGGACUUCAACGUGACGUUUACCGACGAGAUGGUGGGCGGGCUGCCCGUCAUGGGCCUCUUCACCGACUGGGACGACUCCAACCGCGCAAACGACAAGGUGCCGCCGCUCCAGGACAAAUGGGGCUCGUACGGCGACAAGCCGGCGCGCGGCGUCAACCUGGGAGGGUGGCUGACGCUCGAGCCCUUCAUCACGCCCUCGCUCUUCAACUACAACGCCAAGCUGGGCAUCGUCGACGAGUACAACCUGUGCAAGCACCUCGGGGCGUCGGCGGCCAAGACCCUCGAGGCGCACUACGACUCGUUUGUGAGCGAGGACACGUUCCGGGCCAUUGCGGCGGCCGGGCUCGACCACGUCCGCAUCCCCUUUUCGCACUGGGCCGUCGAGAACUACGACGGCGACCCGUACGUCUUCCGCACCUCGUGGCGCUACCUGCUGCGCGGCAUCGAGUGGGCGCGCAAGCACGGCCUGCGCGUCAACCUCGACCUGCACAGCCUGCCGGGCAGCCAGAACGGCUGGAACCACAGCGGCCGGUUCGGCGCCAUCGGCUGGUUCAACGGCACCGACGGCCAGACCAACGCCAAGCGCUCGCUCGAGCUGCACGACCGCCUGUCCAAGUUCUUUGCGCAGGCGCGGUACCGCAACAUCGUGACACACUACGGCCUGGUCAACGAGCCGCGCAUGACGUUCCUGCCCCUCGGCGACGUCGUGUCGUGGACCAAGGCGGCCAACAAGGUGGUGCGCGGCAACGGCGUCGACGCCCUCGUCGUCUUUGGCGACGGCUUCAUGGGCCUCGACAAGUGGCAGGGCCUGCUUCCCGGCGACAUGGUGCUCGACGUGCACCAGUACGUCAUCUUCAACGAGAACCAGAUCGAUUUCACGCACCGCAAAAAGGUGCAGUACGCCUGCGACGGCUGGACGCAGCAGACGGAGCUGAGCAUGGACCCGGCCCGCGGCCACGGCCCCACCGUCUUCGCCGAGUGGUCCCAGGCCGACACGGACUGCGCCAGGCACCUGACGGGCGUCGGCUGGGGCAACCGCUGGCAGGGCACCUACGACACGGGCGACGAGGCCACGUCGACGCUGACGCCGCGCUGCCCGGCCAAGGACGCCUCGUGCUCGUGCUCCAAGGCCAACCAGGACCCGGCCCAGUUCAGCGCCGACUACAAAAAAUUCCUGCGCAUGUUCGCCGAGGCCCAGAUGCACAGCUUCGAAAAGGGUUGGGGCUGGUGGUACUGGACCUGGAAGACGGAGAGCGCGCCGCUGUGGAGCUACGAGGCUGGCCUCGAGGCCGGCAUCCUCCCGGCAAAGGCCUACGAGCCGGACUUCAAGUGCGACGCCGACGUGCCCGACUUUGCCAAGGACGGCCUGUCCGAGACGUACUGA